UCCGUGUCGCGAGGACCUCUUACUACGAUGCGGAGGAACUGCAAACUCUUCAUCUUCAUUUCGUGUGUGUGGACGCUUUGUGUGGUCGUGUACCUGAACACCAGCAAGGAUGUGAAGCGCCCAUCAAGGAGCAGAUCGACUGCUCUGUAUAUACCGACCUCUAGGAGCCAGACGGGUGACCUGUGGAAGGGCUCUGAGAACCUGGCGCUGCGCUUGAAGGACUCCGCCGUGACCGCGCAGCAAGGGCAAGCCUUCUCCAAGGCGGCGGCGGGGGCGGGGGCCGCAGGGGGAGGUAGCUCCAGCGUAGGCCUACGUCCGUCAAUGUUCCUGGACGAGGAGGCCUACAUCGCCGCCGCCACGCUGGCUCCCGGCGCGGACGCCUACACCAGGAACAAGUUUAACCAGGCCGAGAGCGACAAGCUGGCCUCCAACCGCGAUGUACCCGAUACCAGGCACUUCACGUGCCGAAAGAAGGAAUGGAGAACCGACUUGCCCCAGACUUCAGUAAUCAUCACUUUUCAUAAUGAAGCCAGGUCGACUCUGCUUCGAACGGUGGUCAGGUGAGUGAGUCGAGUCGAAGGCGGGAAGGGCUGUAUCGAGGUUAGGUUAGUUGUUCGGAGACUUA